UGGGAAGCAAAACACCAGUUUUGAAGCUCGCGAGCGACGAGCAAGUCCGUCCGCGUGUCUCCAGCUGGACUGAAUUUGUGAAAAGGAAUCAACUUUUGGACAAUAUCCGUGCGAUGUGAAAAAAGCGAAAUGUCGUCGCAGCAGAGCCUGAUCGUCCCGCUGGCCGUCGAAUUUUUCUGCCUGGCCGCGUGCCGCGCUUUUUACACGUUCGCCUGCACUGCCCAGCUCGAAUUGCGCCAGUGGACGCCGACCGUCUGCGGACUCGUCUUCGGCAUCAACGAACUCGGCCUCGUCGCCGUCCUGCCGCUGAGUGUUUUUACCGUCCAGAAAUUCGGCUCUCGGUUGAUGGUGCACUAUGGCAUUUUCGUUUUUGGGCUCACUUUGAUGCUACUCGGCUUUUCCGAUUACUACGCUGACGACCUUACGUUCUUGUGCCUGACCUUUUUGUUGCGGCUGGGUGCAGGGGUGGGUUCCUCCCUGGCGUACGUGGCCUCCUUCACCCUCAUUCUCUCGGCGCUCCCUCGGAAAUCGACUUAUAGCGGCCUGCUGGUUCCGUACGGCGUCGGCAUGAUCGGCGGAUCGUUGCUCGGAGCCGUCGCCAAAGACACAAAUGGAUUUGAACUGGGCUACAUUCUGCUUGGUUUCGCCAUGAUUUGUGUUUCGUACGCCGUUCCUUGCUCUUUGCCUCUGGACCACAACAUCCAGCUUUUGAUAUCCACCGAAGACAUCCUGACUCCUAUUUUCGCCGUUUACAGAAAGAGCCUGAAGGCCUUUUCGGUGCAAGUCAGCAGCUCGAUUGUGCUUUCGUCAGCAAUGUGCCUGAGUUUCGUAGUCGCCACCCUGGGACCGUUUUUGCAGUCCGAGCUCAAAUUCACCCCACUCGACGUAGGGUUGGCGUUUUUCUUGCUGUACGGCUCUGCUCUGGCGGCCGCUCUGGCCGUUGGCCUAUUGUGCAGCAAGGGCGCUCCGCCGAGCCUGUUCACAGCCACGGGCCUCCUUUCCAUGCUGGCAGGGCUUUUUUUCAUCGGACCGGCGGAUUUCAUCAAUCUUCCUUUGAACUGGCCCGUUGGGAUGAUGGGCGUGAUGGCGUUCGGACUUGGACUGGCGACUACGCUGGUCUCUAUUUACGUCUCUCUCAUGCAAAAUCUACAAACAGAGAGAGAGCAAGAAAACACCAUUUUCGGAAUUGUGAUUUGCGUUUGCACAAUUUCCAACACGAUUGGUUCAAUGUUUGGAUUUGGCUUCUCAGGAAUAUUCGUCGAUCUUGUGGGUUUCGACAAUUCAACCAUCCUCCUCAUGUUUCCUGUGUUAUUUUCGCUGUCGUUUAUUGUCUUCUACCUGUGCUGCAACUCGUCUCAAAGUAAUCUUAUCAAUUUGAUUGAUGGAAACAGGCAGGUUGAGUCUUACGGAAGCGUUGAAGUUUCAAACGGACCGUUUCUGCUUGAGAAGGCGUCGAUUUCAUUUUAGAACUUCUAAUCAGGUUUUAUUUUUAGAAGAAAGCAUAAAAAUAGCCCAUGACUAACAAAACAAGAUUUUAUUUUUCUCUACCUUGAUGUGAGAGGUUAUUUUUAUCAGGCAAUACCUCAAUAUGAAGAACUUUCAUUUAUUCAUUUCGUGCAAUGCGGAACUAUUGAAUGAAGCAAUAAAAUAUACGAAGCCGGUUUUGAAUUCAAAGUUAAGAGACCACAAAAGCAGGGUCGAAGCCAAUGAUUCUUGCGCUCUUCACAACCAUGUGUGUUUAGUUUGUAAGCCGCGGCAAUAAAAUUUAAUUUUGUGAAAUUAAAAUAUUUUUUGUAAAGUAACUUAUGUUGAUAGGAUAAGAAAAGAAAUAUACAAAUUUACAUCUUACAUUAUUAAAAAUAAACAAAAGUAAUUGUUUGAAUUUU